AUGGCAGCUUCUGCUGCAUUACGCGUACCCUACUAUCGGUUACGGUCUCGUAUUCAAGGCAAUCAUCCAAAGGCUACCAAUGGAGGCAACCGUACACUUCUUUCACCGGAAGAAGAGAAGGAGGUACUAUGCUGGGCGCAUCGCCGCAUCACACAAGGCCACCACAUCCAGCAACGCUCCUUACAACAACAUGCCAACGCGAUACUCAAAGCUACGGGCCGAGGUAAUACUACAGCUAGUGGGUCAUGGGCUCGACGAUUUAUAAAACGCUACAAACAAUAUUUCCAUCGUCGAAAGGCAGCUUCUGAGACGCAAAGCGUAAAGUCAUGCAAGACCGUGAAGUCCUCUCUCGAUUCUACCAAGACUGGAAUAGGCUUUAUGGUGGGACUCUCGGGAUACGGUCUCGAUUACUGCUAUAGAGUCAAUCUCCGCGACCGGCAGCAGUAUCCUCCUUUCCUCAUCCUUCCAGGGCACAGAUCCCGCCCAAAGGGCUACGUCAACGAUAUCCUUGCCCUCGAAUUCAUCGACCACUUCGAGCGUCACACCCGGCCCCAAGUCCCCGAAGAGGAGCGCCUUGUCUUAAUGGACGGCUGCGAGAACCACUUUACAUACGAAUUGGUGCAUUUUUGCUACCAACACAAUAUACAGCUGUUCCCGUUACCGCCUCAUGUGACUAACCUACUCCAGCCGCUUGACGUUGGGGUCUUUGGUCCCUACAAGCACUGGCAUCAACAAGUGCUAUAUCGUGAGAUUGCAAACGGAGCUACUAACUUCAACAAGACCGACUUCCUUUUCCAUCUUCAAGAGAUGCGUAACCGAACCUUUAAGCGGCCUACGAUCCUAUCAGCCUGGGAGAAAUCUGGUCUCUUUCCAUUCAACCCAAGCGUCGUCCUCGACCAGUUGCAAGAUGCGUUAUCCUCAUUAACCGACUCUGUCCGCGAACGAGAACUCCCUGGGUUCGUUGAGGAAGGCACGCCAAUAGAUGACGAUAGUAGUAACGAGGAUGCAUUCGAAAAUAUGCGCUCUACACCACAGACGCCAACUUCUCGAUCGAUCGAAGCGGUUCCAGGCGGUAGAGGGCCAGCAACGCCCGUUACAGUCCAUCGUAUUGACUGGAAGACCCUCAAAACACCACGGCUAAAUCUUCACGACAUCCACAAAUGCCAUGAAUUCAUCAGACUACGAAUAGACCUCUCUAUUGCAUCAGGUACGCCUAUUACGCCGUCAGUUGCACACGUACAGGGAAAAGUACGUAAAGCAGCGCACACCCUCGCACUCAAUGGUAUCACCGCCACGGAUGAGAUGAGGCGUCUCAAAGAGAAUCAGCUUAGACGAUCGAAACUAGCAGAAGGGACAUCGAUUGUAGGGAAAUUCGGGCCAUUAACCGUCCACGAUUCGAGACUACGUGUCGCAAAAGACGAAUACAACCGACUGGCUGCACAGGCUGACGAGGCACGAAGGCGGCUUAAAAAGGAAGUCCGUGAAGAGGCUGCUAUCUCGAAGUCAUCAAACAAGCAGCUACGGCUCCUUGGCCGCGACAAACGAGGUCUUCGAAGCUACAUGGAUAGUAUCGAGUCGAUAUGUUACCAAUACGCCGCUUUCCGUGCCCUUGGCGAUCCAGAUCGAUCGACUGACUGUCCUUUCGCUUGGAUAUGGUACAAUGACAUUACGUACACUCGAAGCAGCGUUCUUACUUGGCCCAAAGACUACGAUCGCGAGGUCGUACAGAAAGCCGUUGAAUUGGUUAUCUUAGAGACCCAAGAGAGGUCUACAGCACGAAGGGCGCUUACGUUUGAAGUUGACGGAAUUGAGAUUACUGAAGAGAUCGUUAUUGACGGGCUAACCGAGGAAUUUGAAGCUAUUAUAAAGGAGGAAUAG